AUGUCGCCGCACCAGCCAAACACCAGCCUAGACGCCAUCGAAGAUGAGAUUGCGCAACUAGAGGCCGAGCUGCAUGCGGCGCGCAUUCGCCUGCGCGACGCUACCACCACCAACCCCAAGCAGCAGCGACAAUCACCAAACGGCGACGACGCAGCGACCCAGCUCGCCGCCCUCACUAUCCCGCCCCAAGUCUACUCCCCGACCACGUCCUCCACGCACUUCCUGCUACUCCUCUCCGACUCGGCGCUGCCCGUCGGCGCCUUCGCCUUCUCCUCCGGCCUCGAGUCCUUCCUCGCGCACGCGCCGCGCGGCCCCUCCGCCACCUUCUCCGCCUUCCUCCCGCUCUCCCUCGCCUCCUUCGCCGCCACCACGCUUCCCUUCGCGCUCGCCGCCCACCGCGACCCCUCGCGCCUCGCCUCCCUCGACGACCAGCAGGACGCCGCCGUCGUCUGCACCGUCGGCCGGCGCGCCAGCACCGCCCAGGGCCGCGCCCUCCUCUCCGUCUGGGAGCGCUCCCUCCGCAGCGCCAGCUUCUUCGGCGACGCCGUCGAUGCCCUGCGGGACUUUUCCGCGCUGCUCCGCGAGUGCGGCGGCGGCAGCACCGCCGUGGUCGACGGGUUGCCACCGCUCGCUUCGGGCCACUACGCGCCGCUGUUUGGUGCCGUGUGCGCGGCGGUAGGGCUGAGCGUGCGGCAGGCGGCGUACGUGUUCAUGCUGGGCCACGUCAAGGCGCUGGUGUCGGCGGCGGUGCGGGCGAGCAUGUUCGGCCCGUACCAGGCGCAAAAGGUGCUGGCGGGCGCGGCGGUGCAGGACAUGAUGAACGCGGUCAUUGAGAGGGAGUGGGACACGCCGGUGGAGGAGGCCGGGCAGAGCGUGCCGGUCAUGGACCUAUGGAUCGGGCGGCACGAGGUCUUGUACUCGCGCAUCUUUAACAGUUGA